AUGUCCUCCACCGAGCCAGUCGUCGUCAUUGACGGCAAGGGACACCUUCUUGGUCGUCUGGCCAGCACUGUCGCUAAGCAGCUGCUCAACGGCCAGAAGAUCGUCGUCGUGAGAUGUGAAGCCCUCAACAUCUCCGGCGAGUUCUUCCGCGCGAAGCUCAAGUACCACGCCUACCUUCGCAAGAUGACCCGUUUCAACCCUACUCGCGGAGGUCCCUUCCACUUCCGUGCUCCCUCUCGCAUCUUCUACAAGGCCGUCCGCGGAAUGAUUCCCCACAAGACCGCCCGUGGUGCUGCUGCCAUGGAGCGCCUUAAGGUUUUCGAGGGUGUUCCUCCUCCUUAUGACAAGAAGAAGCGUGUCGUUGUUCCCCAGGCUCUCCGUGUCCUCCGUCUCCGCCCCGGCCGCAAGUACUGCACCGUCGGCCGUCUCAGCCACGAGGUUGGCUGGAAGUACCAGGACGUUGUCGCCAGACUCGAGGAGCGCAGAAAGGUCAAGAGCAGUGCAUACUACGAGCGCAAGAAGGCCGCUCGCCGCCAACUCGUCCAGGCCCAGAAGUCGGCAGGUGUCAGCGACCAGACCAAGAGCCAGCUUGCUCACGGCGCUGAGGCGAUCCAUCACGUUACUGCGAAUAACCAGGUGUUGAGACGGACCUAUGCUGAGACGGCGGAUCGUGCAAGGGGUCUCGCUUAUUAUCUGAAGAAGCAUGGGUUCAAGAGAGUCGGUGUGCUGUGCCCUAAUACGCCUGCCUUUUUGGAGUCAAUCUUUGGAGUUGCGGCUGCUGGGGCAGUGAAUGUUGCUGUUAAUUAUCGGUUGAAGGAGGACGAUAUCGCUUACAUAUUCACGCACUCUGAUGUUGAAGCUAUUAUUGUUGAUCAGGAGUUCCUGUCGCUUCUACAGAGCUAUCGUGCUUCGAAGCCCAGUAUCCCUAUUAUUGUCGAUACGGAUACGGAUGCUACCGAAGGCCAAUUAUCCGGUCCCUUUGAUGAGGCGGUUUUGGAAGGCUUGAGGUAUGACUUGGAUACGGGGGCCAAAGGUUGGCCUGGGCUCGAGGCCCAAGCCGCUUCUGAAGAUGACGUUAUCGCUCUUGCGUACACCAGCGGUACGACGGCUCGACCGAAGGGUGUCGAGUAUACCCACCGUGGCUGCUAUCUUGCUGCGAUGGGCAAUGUGAUUGAAUCUGGGCUUAAUUCGCACCAUGGUCGGUGCCGGUAUCUGUGGACUUUGCCUAUGUUCCAUGCCGUUGGGUGGACGUUCCCUUGGGCUGUUACGGCAGUGCGUGGUACCCAUUAUUGCUUGCGGAAAAUUGACUACCCGCAAAUCUGGAAGCUACUGAAGCAGGAGCACAUCACGCAUUUUAAUGCCGCUCCGACGGUGAACACCCUGCUCUGCAAUUCUAACGAGGCGGAGCGGCUGCCCGAGCCAGUUCAUGUUACAGUCGCGGCGAGUCCGCCUACGCCUCACCUCUUCGAGCAAAUGACUAACUUGAACCUCCAUCCUGUGCAUGUAUAUGGCAUGACGGAGACAUACGGGCCAAUCACGAAAGGCUAUUACCUGCCUGCAUGGGACAACCUGCCGUCAAGCGAAAGGUAUAAGAAGAUGGCCAGGCAAGGACAUGGCUUUGUGACCAGUCUACCCGUACGAGUAAUUAAGACGGAUGUUUCCGAGGGCACUAUCAUUGAUGUUAGUCGGGAUGGCAAGGAGAUAGGUGAAAUUGUUUUCGUCGGGAAUAUCUGUGCUCGGGGCUACUACAAAGACCCCGACGCUACGCGGAAACUCUUCGCGGGUGGCGUUCUCCACUCCGGAGACUUGGCUGUGUGGCAUGCCGAUGGUUCAAUCCAGAUCCAAGACCGAGCGAAAGACAUCAUUAUCAGCGGCGGAGAGAAUAUCUCAUCUGUGGCACUAGAGUCUAUGCUAGUCACUCACCCGGACAUUCUCGAGGCCGGAGUCGUAGCCGUUCCCGACAGCCACUGGGGAGAGCGACCAAAGGCAUUUGUGACGGUGAAGUCAGGAAAGUCAUUGACCGGUUCCGAGGUGAUCGAUUGGGCCCGAAAUACCAGUGAUAUCAGCAAGUUCAUGAUCCCUCGGGAGGUUGAAGUAGUGGCGGAACUGCCCAAGACUAGUACCGGGAAAGUGAGAAAGAACAUCCUCCGCGACUGGGCCAAAGGAGCGAAUAGAUCAUGA